GUCCGCGCAGUUUAGAAUCGACCAGCCAAGCGCAAAGGUGUUGCAAGGUGUUCUACCAGUGCUCGGUGAUCAGGAGUGCUGCUCAGUGUAGAAGCAAGCCUUGAGAUAUAUUGCUUUGCAAUAUAAAUACAAAUAAUAAUAAUAAUCAACGCCUGCGAUGCACCUGCUAAUACUACAAGCAGCUUUUCUUGUGAUCUGCUGGUCUCAAGUGGCCAAUGGUCAUGUGUUCGGCUACUCGGAGCCCAAUCAGAGGCGUUGGGCGCGUCAUCACGGACACUGUGCGGGCAAGACACAGUCACCCAUAGCCAUCACCUCCAGCCAUACAAUACCCUUACACAUGCCGGCAGUGGAUAUGAUUGGCUAUCACAAUCUGCUGCCAUAUCCGCUGAAAAUGAUUAACAAUGGCCACACGGUCACCAUUGGCAUACCCAAGCUAAACAGCAGCGAGGAGCUGUACGAGUUCCUGCCGUAUAUACGGGGCGCUAAGCUGCCCGGCGAGUUCGAAGUGGAGGGUCUGCACUUCCACUGGGGCGACAAGAACAAUCGUGGCUCCGAGCACGUCAUCAACGACAUUCGCUACACCAUGGAAAUGCAUAUUGUGCAUCGCAACAAGAAAUAUGCGACGCUGGGCGAGGCACUAAACCAUCCCGAUGGUGCGGCGGUGCUGGGCUUCUUUUUCAAUCUGGAUGAGGAUGAGGGCCUGGGACUGGUGACCAUCAAUCGUCAUCUGCACCUGAUCGCCGAAGCCAACCAGGAGGCGGCACUAAAUGUCACAUUUUCGCUAUCCUCGCUGAUUGCCAAUGUGGAUGUGGACAAGUUCUACACAUACAAGGGCUCGCUGACGACGCCGCCCUGCUCGGAGGCCGUCACCUGGAUACUGUUUCCCGAUCCCAUACCCAUAUCGCCCAAGCAGAUCUCUCGUUUCCGCCAGCUGUCGGACACGCAGGAUGGCGCCUUGGUGGACAACUUCCGAACGCUGCAGCCCGUCGGCAAUCGCCGGAUCUUUGCGCGCACCGGACACGUGCGCCACACAUCGAUUGCGGCUCUGAAGCACGAGGGCGACUAUCUCAAGUACGAUUGGUUCUAUUGAGUGGCCAAGCUGUGUGGAUGCUCAGUGUGCCAUGCUACGUUAGACUAGUCUAAGCAAUUAGUUCUUUUUGCAUUUAUUAUUUAAUUGUAAGCUAAAAUCCUCUCAAUAAGUAAAUAAUGUUAUGCUGUCAGACGUGAUUUGCGACCGUAGAGCUGCAGCGAAUUGGGUAUAUCCUCUACGAAGAAAUUGGCUGGCAUCAGACUAAACAUCUUCUUCAGCAGAUCGAACAAUGUGCUCUGCAGAGUUUCCGAGAUCAGUGGACGGAACGUCUCGAAGAAACUUCUCCAGUUCUCAUUGAAGAACUCAUUCGUGCUCUGCUCCACCUCCUUGCUGUGCCCAUUGAACAAAUUGCCCAAAUACGUGCGCACAUGGCCCACCUUCAGCUUGACGCUCACGUCAGUCACAUUGUAGAAGGUGUAGCCGCCCUUCUCGUAUAGUCGCGUCUUGGCAUUGAGCAGAAUGUCUAGAUCAUCUGUCAGGGAAUUAGAUAUAUGUAUGUAUAUUUCUGAUUCGCUGUAUAUAUGUAUUUAUGUGUAAUCACCAAUCUCUAUAAAUAUGUUGCCGUUUCCAUGCAACGGUAUUAUUAAGACACUUCCGAUCAUCUGGUAUUUACCGUCUAAGCGCAAACGCGGUAUAUAGAUUUUAGCCAGCCAACUAAAGUCCUUUUUGCUGACCCUGAUAUAAAGAGUUGAUAUAGUUUAAAUUUGAAAUUUUAGAAAGACGGAUGUAAAAAUAUAUUGUAUAUACGGUAUGCCAUA